CAAAUGUGAAUAUUGAAGACGAAUAGAAUAAAUGAGUCAGUGAGACCAAUUUGAAAAGGUGAACAAGGAAAAAUAAACAGAACCCAACCUGCGUUAAUUAUUUGAAGAGGUGAACGUGACGAAAAUAAAGGAAAUAACGAAAAGAAGUGGAGUUACGAAUAUACGAAAGAAAUACAGUAAAACGCCUAAAACAAACAAACAAACAUACAAACAAAAACCUAGUAAGUGUGUGAAUGAAUAUUACAAUCAUGUGUACCUACGUGUGAUGAAAAUACAAACACACACACACACACACAAACAAACAAACAAACACAUUAACACAAGUAUUUAAGAACAUUACCAAGAGGUGCCAUAUAGUACAAACACUGAAACAGGUUGAAAAGAGAACAGGUAGUGAACAGGUAAACAGGCGCACAGGUGGAGGGAUUGGAAAGAGAACAGGUUGUGAACAGGUAAACAGGCGCACAGGUGGAGGGAUUGGAAAGAGAACAGGUUGUGAACAGGUAAACAGGCGCACAGGUGGAGGGAACAUGAAGCCUCGGCAGGUGUGUUUAAUUAACGUGAUAACCGCACGCUCACCUGGAGGAGGGACGGACUAAUUAAUCUCCCUCACCUGUGUUAAUUACUCCCCCGCGCCCGUCAUUGUUUACCGCGACGAAAGGAUGAGGCUGCAGCAAAGAGUGUUGAUGGAGGAGGUGGUGGUGGUGAUGGUGUUGGCGUGCAUGGCCGUGGGCGUUGCUGGGUUCCCUUCUGACCCACGCCCCGACCCCACGCUAUACAACAUUGGCGCUGGGAUUUACGACGUGACGGGACCCGCUGCUGGUGUCAAUAUGAUGGGCUACGCCAACCCCGCCCAGAUCAACGGCGGCAUCCACUUGCGGCUGUUCUCCCGCGCCUUCAUCCUGGACGACACGCAGCGGCGCGUGGUGUUCGCCAGCGUGGACUGCGGCAUGAUGGGCACGCUGCUCAAGAUGAAGGUGGUUGAGAGGCUGCAGGCGGUGUACGGGGACCUCUACACCACCGCCAAUGUUAUGCUCAGCGGGACCCACACCCACUCGGGCCCCGCCGGCUACCUGCAGUACCUCCUCUUCGACAUCACCUCCCUCGGGUUUCUGCAGGAGACUCUGGACGCCAUGGUGGAGGGGAUUUUCCAGAGCAUCAAGAUGGCCCACGAGAGCGUAGUCCCCGGAUACGUGUACUUGAGCAGCGGGGACCUUCUGGACGCGUCGAUCAACCGCUCCCCAACCGGUUACCUCAACAACCCCGAGGCGGAGCGUGACAAAUACCUCUACGACACUGACAAAACCAUGACGCUGCUUAGGUUCGAGGCCGAGGAUGGCACGCCUAUGGGCAUGGUCAACUGGUUCGCCGUGCACCCUACCUCCAUGAACAACACCAACACCCUCGUCUCCGGGGACAACAAGGGCUACGCCUCCCAACUCUUCGAGCAGGCCAUGGACCCCUGGGCCAUGCCGGGCAAGGGGAGAUUCGUAGCGGCCUUUGCUCAGUCGAACUGCGGCGACGUUAGCCCCAACAUUAAGGGCCCGCGCUGCAUCGACACGGGGCUGCCCUGCGACCUGGCCACCUCCACGUGCGACGGCCGUGUCCAGAAGUGCAUCGCCUCAGGGCCCGGCAAGGACAUGAUGGAGAGCACCAAGAUCAUCGGGGAGAGGCAGUUCACCAAGGCCUGGGAGCUGUACGGAGACCAAACCGCCGUCAAGCUCUCGGGCCCAGUGCAGUUCGCGCAGCAGUUCAUCGACAUGUCCAACUACACUGUGUUCCUCGCCAACGGCACCACGGCCAAGACAUGCACGCCCGCCCUCGGCUACAGCUUCGCGGCGGGCACCAUUGACGGGCCCGGCGCCUUCGACUUCACGCAGGGGCAGACGGAGAGCAACCCCUUCUGGAACAUGGUCAGCAGUUUUCUCCACGCCCCCUCGGAGGAGCAAAUCGCCUGCCACGCCCCCAAGCCAAUCCUCCUGGACACGGGCGAGAUCAACAAGCCGUACCCGUGGCAUCCGCGCAUCAUGGAGACCCAGAUGGCGGUGGUGGGCCAGCUCGCCAUCCUGCCCGUGCCCGGGGAGUUCACGACCAUGUGUGGCAGGCGCUUCAGGGAGCAGAUAGUGGCGGUACUGGAGGACGGCGGGUUGCCAGGGGCGGUGCCGGUGCUGGCGGGGCUGUCCAACGUGUACUCCCACUACAUCACCACGUGGGAGGAGUACCAGGUGCAGCGCUACGAGGCCGCCUCCACCAUCUUCGGCCCCUACACCUGCGCGGCCUACAGGCAGCAUUACUCCAUCCUCGCCCAGGCCAUUCUUGAAGACAGGCAGCUCCCGCCGGGCCCGUCCCCCCCUGACAUGAGCGAGACGGUGAUCACGCUGCUGCCGGGGGUGUUGUACGACGCGGCGCCCAUGGGAUCCGAAUUCGGGGACGUGGUGGCCCAGCCCUACCCACUGGCCUACACCGGCGAGACAGUCACCGCUAAGUUUGUGUCCGGCCACCCGCGAAACGACGUGCAGCUGGGCGGGAGCUUCCUGACGGUGGAGCGCCUGAUCAACGGAACAGACACGUGGGAGGUGAUCGCCACUGACGCCAACUGGGAGACAAGGUUCAUCUGGGAUCGCAUUUCGAUGUUGCUGGGGACUAGUCUGGCCACCGUCAAGUGGGAUAUCCCUGACGACACUCCGGAGGGCACCUACAGACUCACGCACAACGGACACUUCAAAAGCAUGCUCUUCGGCCUUAACCAGUACUCCGGCGCCUCAGAGCCCUUCGAGGUGAUGUCGCGCCCCGCCGAGGUGACGGUGAUCGAGCGCUAUCAGGACCCGCACAUGAGGACCUCCGGCUCGGGCGUCCCCAAACCCUGGUGGCUCAGGAUCUUCGGCUUCUGAGAUCAGACUUCGAGUGGCCAUCCCGCGUGCCGCCCGCUGCCCCGCCAAGCACUGUGUACCUCACGACCUAGAGAGAAGAUCCUUUUUCUACAUUCGCCAUGGGGCAUUUGAUCUGUGUUAUACCUCAGUCCUACCCACACUAUGAACCUAUAUAGCCUACUGUUUUCUUUCCCCUGAAUACUGACGGAUACUGUAUGUUCCUGAAUAAGCUACUACAAGUUGCAAAAUAAUUAAUCGGGCUGAGUCGACAGUGACGGCGCCGCGUUCAGAACGACGCGAGUUCAAUCCACGCCCGGUGCCACCAAGCUGGGAUUUUUCAGCCGCCGCCGAGUGGCUUAAAACUACCCACAUGCUGUCCAGAAGACCACCUAUCAACCCGGACUCUAGAUUCUAGGAUUAAAGAUGAGCUCCGGGAGGCCAGCAUGAGCCAAUGCAAGAUGGCGCCACUAUAAACACUCGCCUGCGCCAGAACGGGCCGGGCCGACCAUCAGGCCCUACCGGGAAGAAGCCUAGCUACUGGCGCAAUAGGCCGCGACGUAAAAUAAAUAAAUAAAGGUACAAGUAGAAGAGCGAAAUUCAAAUAUCUCAGUCUAUGGUAAAAAAUUACAUGUAUGAAAUAACUCGUACUCACAUGUAGCCUAGUAGAAGCUUGUAUAUCCAUCAAAUUAUCGCGGUAUUCGGAAAUUUAUCUUUAAUACAGUAUAGUGCUCUCUCUCUCUCUCUCUCUCUCUCUCUCUCUCUCUCUCUCUCUCUCUCCAAUGACCAAAAAUAUCUAAUGGAGUUCCUCUGGGAUGUUGUUACUCACCAAUAAAGGAUGUUUUUGUU